AUGAACUUCAUUUUCAGGCUUCUAUUUGCAAAGCGGAGACCUGCCAUUACCCUACAAGACCCCAACAUUAAAUAUGCUCUAAGACUUGUUGACAAAGAGAUUGUGAGCCAUGACACAAGAAAGUUUCGCUUUGCUCUCCCUUCACCUGCUCAUGUGCUUGGUCUCCCCAUAGGUCAGCAUAUCUACUUGUCUGCCAGAAUCGAUGGUAAAUUGGUUGUACGUCCAUACACGCCUGUGUCCAGUGAUGAUGACAAAGGCUUUGUCGAUCUAGUGGUAAAGAUAUACUUCAAAGAUGUUCAUCCAAAAUUCCCUGAAGGUGGAAAGAUGAGUCAGUAUUUGGAGAGCCUCAAAAUCAAUGACACUAUUGACUUCAGGGGGCCGAGCGGUCUUCUUGUGUACAAAGGAAAAGGAGUGUUUGCUAUCCAGCCAGAAAAGAAGGCUCCUGCUGAAACAAAAACAGCCAAACAUCUUGGCAUGAUAGCUGGGGGGACAGGAAUCACCCCUAUGCUGCAGAUCAUCACAGCCGUGAUGAAAGACCCUAAGGAUAAGACAGUAUGCCAUCUGUUGUUUGCAAACCAAACUGAGAAGGAUAUUCUUCUACGACCAGAGCUGGAGGAGAUACAAGUAAACAACCCAGACCGGUUUAAGCUGUGGUUCACAGUGGAUAGGGCACCAGCCAAUUGGGAGUACAGCCAGGGUUUUAUUAAUGAAGAGAUGGUGAGGGAUCAUCUGCCUGCCCCCAGUGAUGACACCCUCAUUCUAAUGUGUGGACCACCACCUAUGAUCCAGUUUGCCUGUAAUCCCAACCUAGACAAAGUAGGACACUCCGAGAGCUGCAGAUUCACCUUCUGAGGAAAAGGAAGAGAGCAUUCCCUUAUAGAUGCAGCCCUUCAAAUAUAAUCGCACUCAACAUGUUUGCACUAUAUCAUAUUCACGCUGUUUAUAAUGGAAUAGAAAGUGUGGACCAAUUUGUUUCACUAGCAAUUGUUGUGGUGUAGAUGACGUCAGUUAUGCAGAAAGGUUAUGGAUGCAAGGGAAAAGAUGCCAAAUCUGAUAUUAUCUGUCCCACCAAAGCCUUAUUUCAAUCAACUUCUUGUUACACAGUGGUGUUGGGACAAAGCAGAACAGCUAUAGAGUGCCUUAACACUUGCAGAGCUUUUUAUGCAUGGAUGACAUACAUUUUGCUGCUUUAUUUUCUCAUUUUGUAAUCUGUCAUGGCUGCUGUAGCAUUUACUCAGUAUAUAUUUAAAAGUUUCACUGUGUUGUAUAUAAUGCUGGCACAUUUCGCAGCAGUGUUCCCAUCUUGUGAUAUGCAUAAACUUUAAUUUUGAUGUGGCACAGUUUAAUUCAGACUGUUUUAUGUUUAAAAUGAGCUCUUAAUAUUAAAACAAAGCAUUUCAAUUAGAUUUUUUAUUUGUAAAAAUGUAUAUAUCAAGCAUGCACUGGAUAGUGAGAAGUAAACGUGAUACAUGUCUUAUAAAAGCCUUAAAGACAAAAUAAACUACCGAUAAUAUGUUAAGUGCAAUCCCAGGUCCCCAGCUACAUAACUACAAUUUUAAUAUGUUUAAAGUAAUUACACUAAGUGUGUAACAGGGCACCCAUUGAAUAUGUUGUGUCGUUGCUGAAGGUUGAAUGAUUGCAUUUUUUGAUUAGUCAGAAAAUUCUGGGUUAACAUUAUUCAAACAAGUUCUACAUCCAAUGUCUGAGUUUCUGAUUUUUUAGUAAAAGCCUAGGUGUAAAAUACAUGAGCUAAAAUGCCCAAUUUCUGUUCAAUUAUCAGAACUACUUUCUAGUAGAGAUUUCAACAUGUAUUGCGUUCAAGAUAUAUUACAGUUUAGUAAUGAAAACUAGAGCAACCACUUAAAUGUUGAAAGUUGUUGCUGCAAUAAAAUAACAGAACUUGAUAUUUGCUGUAAAACUGAACAUGAUAUUUUAUAUAAUAUUAAUUUUUUAUUUUUUUUUCUAAUAUGAGGUAGUGAUGACCCACUUUUGACUUAUCACAGAAUGCUUUUAUGUGCUUAAUACAUGAUAAUACUUUGUGAUGCCUCUUUUCUGCUUCACUCCAAAUUUGUGAAUAAACCAAAAUCUACU